GGCCAGCUCCCGCGGCUGACCCGGCCCACGCUUCCGCGCCCAGCGGCCCCCGGGUGGGGAGGAGUUCAGGACCCGCGUCCGGCCGGGAGCGGCAAGGCCAACUCCCCUCCUGGUCGCUUAACCGAGGAGGUAUUAGGAGCGAGUGGAUUUCCCACUAUCUCCUGUCCGUCCUGGCCCGCCAAAUUGUCGCCUGAUAAGUUUUUAGCGUGGGGGGAGGGGGCGCUUUGAACCUCCUGGGCCUUGUUGGUCACUUCCCUCCUCUCCCCGCCUGCUUUCUAAUUCCUCAGCCAUUGACGGGGGAGCGAGCGGCCGCCCCGGACACUCGGAGGCAGAACUCGGAUGGGAAGACGGUCGCUCCUUUUUGAAUACUGUCCUCGUUUUCGGGGAGGGCAUCCAUACACUUCCCAAGUUUACAGUACGUUAAUAUAAAUCCCUACUGCCCCCCAAGGAACAUUUGCGAGGGCAACUUAAAAGAGAUCGGCUUGACCGAGGGGGCGGGCUGUGCGCAUUCGGGGUGGCGGACGGUCGGGGAAGCGCACUCUCGAGGUCCCGGGAGGGUGGACUCUUUGUGCCUGUGGGGGUGGGGGGUGGAGGGAGCGUGGAGAGGCUUCGUCGCCUGGCCCACCUGGAACAAAAGGGUUAACCCUCCGCCGGCUCGCUUCCUCCCGAGAGGAGGGGCGAGCUCCUGGCUCUGACCCCUCCCCUGGUCCUGCUCUGACCUCCCCUUCCCCCUUCAUUUUGGGUGGGCGCGCGCAAGUGGGACUUUUGGUGGUAUUUGGCACCUUUAAGGGAACUUGUGACGGGGGCGUGGAGGGGGGGGCUUCUUAAAUUAACGCUGGCUGGAGUUUGAGAUCAGUUAACCCGAGCCGGUUAGGGUCUCAGGCCUGGUUGCUCUCCUUCCAGUAUUUGGGGGUGGGGGGUUCGCUAUUGAUCGCUUGGGUUGGAGCGGACAGCCGCGUUGUGCGCGGGCGCCCCCUGGAGGCCCAGCCUGGAGCCGCGUGCUUUGCCGAGAGGCGGGUCCGCGCGCAGGUACCGGCUCACACCUGAUGGAACGGAACGGGUUGUGGUGGGUAAUGGACAGCCGUGGCUCGGGCCAAACGCGGGCGCCGCUGGGACUCGAGCCAGUCGCUUUCGCGACCUCUGGCUGUGCCCGGUAUAAAUCUGCCAAGUCUUUGGAAUUCUUGGAAAGAAUUCCUUGAUCCUAGAGUGUGUCUAUUGAGUCCCCAGCACCAAGGGACAGAAGGUAGUUUUCUCAAGCAGUUACCUUUUAAUGGCUGCAUUUUGCAUGUGAGCAGUCUGUAUCUGUACAAUACAGAUAGGGGACAGGUCGAUGUGUAGAUACGUAUACUUUUUUAAAAAGUUAAGAUUGGGCCAGUCUUAUUUUGAAAAGCCAACUGGAGAUCCACUUGUAAAGAAUGCAGUUUUUGAGGGAGGAAAAUGAAGUUUGGCAAUCACCAGAUCAAAAAAUCUGCAGGUGGUCCGGGGACUCGAGCGCCGGACGGGAAAAUUAGCAUUUUCUCAAAAGAGUUUCAAAUGCCCUUUGUGCUAAACUGGAUUACAACUUUCAACGAUUAAGAUUCCCAAGUUUCAAAUAACUGCCGACCCCCAGUUUCUAAACUGAAAUGACCUACAUUGGCUGUAAGGAUUCUGAGAAAAGGGCACUUGGGAGCCCCCAUUUUAAAUGAAGGAGAGGGAAAUUUGUUUACAGCGGCUUUAACGUUGCAGGCUGACUUUCAGUGUUUCGAUCUGCAUCCGAGAGAGGGAGAGGGGCUAAAACGCCCACGGCCCCUUUUGUUCCGUUAAAAAGAAGUUGCACAAACCAACGAUAGUUGUUCAUUCGAGCCUCUGCUAGCUUCCUCACCGGUAGGGAGUUGGGAACCCAUCCUGGGAGGCAGGAGAUAGUUUUGGUACUUCCUCUUUUUUAAUGAGGUUAGGUUUUUAUUUGUAAGGUUUUGGAAUGAAGUGCAUUCCAGUCUGGUUGUAUGGCUGAGAGCAGUGUCACCUUGAGACCUGUGUGAGUUUCUUUGAGCCUUUGGCUUCCUCUCUUUCCAGUGGAGAUAAAGUGUCCUGUGAGAUAGUUUCAAUUCUAGAAGACUCACUGUGUGCUGGGAUUGUGAUUGGGAUAUUGUUCAAAAUAACUGUUUCUGUUUUAUUUACCGUGGCAAGAUAGCACCGAGCUGCCAGUUGAGAAUAUUCCGCCGUUUCCUGUGCAGCCUACCGUAUACCAGACACCAGGCUGGGGACCUUAAAUAUGUUAUCUUUUAAUUCUCAUUUCAGAGUAAGCUGCAGCUCUGGGUCGAAAUGGCUUGCUGGUGUUUGCCAUGUCCUGAUGGAUGGGGUAGCCUUUCUCUGAAUCGGACGGGCUGUGUUGGUUGUGGUCUUGGAGAAAUUGGUUACGGGGUGGCAUUUUCUGUCAGUUCCCUCCGAUUCAGUGUGUGUUUGGCUGGUUGAGCUUGAUGAUCUCUCUUAAUUUUUGAGAUGUGCCUUUGGAAGCUUUUCUGUUAAGAGAUCCCUGGGAACCACGUUAGAAAUAAGGCAGAGUUACUGUUUGUGGAGGAGUUCAAGAAGUUCCCUUUUUCCGUCACCCUUAACUUAUGGUACUUUAUUUUUAAAAAGCAUCUACAGUUUAAAAGCCUCUAACUCCAGAUAAGAACUACAUGUCUAGUCACCGCUAUCCGUCCUCCCCCCCACCCUUAAUUUAGAGCGUGUCAGGCUUUGUUCUAGGGCUUCCUGGAGGAGGCAGCAAAAGCUCCUGACUGCCUGGAGUUUACAAAGUUUGAGCUCCAGCUGAGGCAAAAGGGAACAUAUCUCUAACAUAAAGCAGUGGAACUCACACACCGUAGCAACUGUCUAGGCUUCUUUGAUUCUUUCGGGUUUUUUUCCUCCUGAAUUUUGAUCCGAGACUGAUUGGAACACAUUUUAUUUUUCUUUUUAGCUCUUCAUUUCACGGAAACUUAAUUUACAGCUCUAAUUUGCCAUCUACGAAUUGAGUUAAAGUCUCGUUACUUAAGUGUUUCUCGGAUCGCGGAAUCCAGAUGUAAAAUUAAACUGGUAAAAGGGCGCUUUCUUUCAACUGGUUCACUACCCAAGGAGUUCUCAAUUUCCUUCUGUUUUUUGAUCUUGGGCGGUUGUCCUGCAGAGCAGCUCAUAUAAGAAAGUAAAUUUCUAACAAGGGCCUUGCUGGAUCAAAGGAGGACUGCACUAAAAUUAUGAAGAUUGUCCUAGGAAGAAGCCGUAUCUAUUUCGAUAUACCUACUAAUAGUGCUCCAGUGAACCACCCGGGGGCGGCGGAUGACAUGAGUGGGGACCGAGCGACGGUCAAGAGGCCUCGUCGGGAGGAGACUCACAUCUGCGAGAAAUGCUGUGCAGAGUGCUUCAGCUUCUCCGAGUUCUUAGAACAUAAGAAAAAUUGCACUAAGAUCCCACCCGUCCUCAUCAUGAAUGACAGCGAGGGGCCGGUGCCUCCCACAGACUUCUCCGGGGCUGUGCUGAGCCACCAGCCGCACAGUCCAAGCAGUAAGGACGGUCACAGGGUGGACGGCUGCAGCUCGGGAGACAUGAAGGAGAAGCCAGGGCCGGAGUCUGUCCUGUACCUGAAGACGGAGACCGCCCUGCCGCCCACACCUCAGGACUUAAGCUAUCUACCCAAAGGCAAAGUGGCCAACACUAACGUCACUCUGCAAGCACUACGAGGCACCAAGGUGGCGGUGAAUCAGCGGAGCGCGGACGCGCUGCCGGCCCCCUUGCCCGGGGCCAACAGCAUCCCGUGGGUCCUGGAGCAGAUUCUGUGUCUGCAGCAGCAGCAGCUGCAGCAGCUCCAGCUCACGGAGCAGAUCCGCAUCCAGGUGAACAUGUGGGCCUCGCACGCCCUCCACUCGGGCAUGGCGGGAGCUGACACCCUGAAGACGCUGGGCAGCCACAUGUCCCAGCAAGUGUCCGCGGCCGUCGCUCUGCUCAGCCAGAAAGCGGGGAGCCAAGGUCUGUCCCUGGACGCCUUGAAACAAGCCAAGCUACCUCACGCAAGCAUCCCUUCCGCCACCAGCUCUGUGUCCCCGGGGCUGGUGUCCUUCGCCCUGAGGCCGGAUGGGUCCAGGGUGCUCCCAAGCCGCCUCCCCGGUGCUUUGCUACCUCAGGCCCCCGGCUCUGUGCUCUUCCAGAGUCCUUUCUCCACUGUGGCGUUUGACCCGUCCAAGAAAGGGAAGGGGAAGCCCCCCAACGUCUCCCCGGUGGAUGUCAAACCCAAAGACGAGGCCGCCCUCUACCGGCACAAGUGUAAGUACUGCAGCAAGGUUUUUGGGACCGAUAGCUCCUUGCAGAUCCACCUCCGCUCUCAUACCGGAGAGAGACCCUUCGUGUGCUCUGUCUGUGGCCACCGGUUCACCACCAAGGGCAACCUCAAGGUGCACUUUCAUCGACACCCCCAGGUGAAGGCAAACCCCCAGCUGUUUGCUGAGUUCCACGACAGAAUGGCUGCAGGCGAUGGCCUCCCCUACGCCCUCUCCGUGCCUGUCCCCAUAGAUGAAUGCAGUCUCUCCUUAGAAAGCAAACCUGUUCUGGUAACAGGGAACCCCCGUGCAGGCCUACCUCAGAAUCUCUCUUCGGGGACUAACCCCAAGGACCUCAUGGGGGGCCCGCUGCCCAGCGACCUGCAGCCCGGGCCUUCUCCAGAAAGUGAGGAUGGAGCUCUCCUCUCUGGGGUGGGGCCAAACCAUAACUCCCCCAGGGUUGGUGGCUUCCAGGGGAGAGGGACACCCGAGCCAGGGUCAGAGACCCUGAAGUUACAGCAGCUGGUGGAGAACAUUGACAAGGCCACCACCGACCCCAACGAGUGUCUCAUUUGCCACCGCGUCCUAAGCUGCCAAAGCUCCCUCAAAAUGCAUUACCGCACCCACACCGGCGAGAGACCGUUCCGCUGUAAGAUCUGUGACCGAGCCUUCUCCACCAAAGGCAACCUGAAGACACAUUUCGGGGUCCACCGAACCAACACGUCCAUAAAGACGCAACAUUCGUGCCCCAUCUGCCAGAAGAAGUUUACCAACGCCGUCAUGCUGCAGCAGCACAUCCGGAUGCACAUGGGCGGUCAGAUUCCUAACACACCCCUGCCGGAUAACCCCUGUGACUUUGCAGGUCCCGAGCCGGUGAUGGUCGGUGAGAACUGCAGCGCAGGUGCCGUCUGUCACGACGAUGUCAUCGAAAGCAUCGACGUCGACGAAGUCGGCUCCCAGGAGGCCCCUAGCAGCGCCUCGAAGGCCCCCAUGCCUCUUCCCAACAUCUACGCGGCGUCCCCGGCCCUGGGUUUCGCCGCGAUGGCUCCCCUAGACGCCCCGGGGAAGGUGGGGCCUGCCCCUCUUGUCCUGCAGCGGCAGAGCAGCAGAGAAAACGGCUCCGUGGAGAGCGAUGCCUUGACCAACGACUCGUCAUCCUCAGCGAUGGGGGACCAGGAGUAUCAGAGCCGAAGCCCAGACGUCCUGGAGACCGCGUCCUUCCACGCAGUCUCCCCGGCCAAUAGCCAAGCAGAAAGUUUCAGGUCCAAGUCUCCCGAUGCUGGUGGCAGAGCAGACGGCGUGGAGAUCAGCCGCACUGAGAUGGAAGGUCGGAGCAGUCUCCCAUCAGCGUUCGUCCGAGCCCAGCCAGCCUACGUCAAAGUCGAAGUUCCCGGUGCGUUCGGACCCGCGACCAUGUCGCCGGGCAUGACGCCUUUGUUGGCGGCCCAGCCACGCCGACAGGCCAAGCAACACGGCUGCACGCGGUGCGGGAAGAACUUCUCGUCGGCAAGCGCCCUUCAGAUUCACGAGCGGACUCACACCGGGGAGAAGCCUUUCGUGUGUAACAUAUGCGGGCGAGCCUUCACCACCAAAGGCAACUUGAAGGUCCACUACAUGACACAUGGCGCCAACAACAGCUCUGCACGCCGUGGGAGGAAGCUGGCCAUCGAGAACACCAUGGCCCUGUUAGGAACGGAUGGAAAGAGGGUCUCCGAGAUGUUUCCCAAGGAAAUCAUGGCCCCUUCAGUGAACGUGGACCCUGUCGUGUGGAGCCAGUACUCCACCAUGCUCAACGGCGGCCUGGCCAUGAAGACCAACGAGAUCUCGGUGAUCCAGGGCGGAGGCAUUCCCACGCUCCCUGUGUCCCUGGGGGCCAGCUCUGUCGCCAGCAGCACCGUUGUCUCCAAGAUGGAUGGCUCCCAGUCUGCCAUCAGUGCCGACGGGGAAGAGCCGGGCGCUGCCGACGGCGUCCCCAAACACCAGCUCCCUCACUUCUUGGAAGAAAACAAGAUCGCGGUCAGCUAAGCCAAAAGGGAGCCCACACUGAAGGAGAAAGGCAGAGUGACCGCUCUAGAACUGGACCCUUUUCCUCGGUUUGUUUUUUAAAGAACCCAUCUCCUCCUGUUUGUUUUUUGACUGAUGUGCAAAUGAUGUUUACAGUCGUGACCACAACCUCAGGCAAGUCCUACAAUCACGAUGUUGCGAUGCUGCUUUGCAAAAAAAAAGACAAAAAAAAAAUUCAUACAGACUAGUUUUUUUUUUUUUUUUUAAAUUUUGGAAAGAAGCGGGUCUUGCAAAGUAGCUUUGUUACUUGCGACAAACUAUACGUAAAACCUUUGUACAAGCUAGAGCCACUGUUCCUGAAGACUGUGACCUGUUUCGUGUUGGGGCUCAUCGAAUCACAAUGGAGAAGACAAGUGCUUGGCCUCACUGGGGGGGCAAGGGGUGCUGUAUGCUUCUGUGGUGACCGUAUGCGGGUAAAUGGACAAGGUCCGUCCGUCAUCUUUAGAGAGACCUGCUUUGUAUGCCCCCCAACCCUGCACCCAUCUUUAAUUUUUCUGUUUUGAAUGUACUUUUUUUUUUUUCUUUUAACUAAGGUUGCAGAAUCAUAACAUUUCUUCGGCCUUGGAAACUUAAGUGGGGUGCCCUCAAACGGUCAGUAUAAAAGGACUGACUUUAUACCUUAGGGAGUCAGCAUGCGAGUUGCUGCUUAUUUAAAUCACAGUCCAGGCGGAGCCCUAAAUUGCCAACAUCCGCCCUACACUUUCCAGAUGCCGCCGCCUUUCUGAACCACCAGGAGGGGGGGCACCUGAGCAGGGAACCUCGGGUGACUUAGUUCAGUUCGCCAGUGCCUAUUCUGUUGAAGAACUGGGCUUUCAUUCUCGAAGAAGCUCGUGGAAGGGCAUGCCGCUUCUCACGGGCUCACACCCUCAUUUUCACAGAACUUUCCUUGAUGUGACUUAAUGCCAAGUAAUUAGGAAGAUUCUCCCCACCCUGCCCCCCAGUAUUGCAUGAAGGCUACAAUGUUGGAACAAGCCCAAGUACCUGGGUAUGAAAGCUUUAAUUUAUCUACCUCAUUUAUUUUUUGUUUUUGUAGCCUUAGUCUCUCUUUUUCCUAUUUUAUGACUGCUGAAGUGUUCCCCGUCUUAAACCUGAGAGUUAAUGUAACGGUGGGAGCAGCUGGAUGUUCAAGAUGUUUUUUUGUAACUUUUUUUUUUUUCACUUUCCUUUUCGUAUAUGUAAUAAGCAAACGAAAUGUUGCUUGAACGGUUUAAUGUGGAAGGAGAAGGGAAGACCCUGAUUUCUGGGUGGAGGAGUCUUUCCCCCUCGAUGUGGGAAUGCAGGUCACGUCUGUUACCAAAAGUUCGUCUCUGAGUUAUUGCUCCUGACUUUAGGAUCCAAAAAAAAAAUUUUUUUCUUUUUUUUUUUUUUUUUUGCCAAGUUGUGCCUUUCCUUCUGGAAUUGUAAGUGAAUACAAUAAUAGUACCUGUUUACACUGUGAAGUGGAUAUUGUUACAGAGAACACACCAGAGGCUUUCUCACUGUUAAGCCGAUAAUGCCUUGUGAAUGUAUGCGAUCUACGGAGAGAACCCUGUAGUUUUACCUGCUGAUGGCUGACUGUUGGAGAAUAAAUUUUGGAUAUUUUUUUUUUCCCCCACCAGGUGUGUAUGUAAGUUUUGUUUGGUAGUGUCUGCUCUAAAGUGGAGAAAUUUUACUUGACAAUUACUUCUAGGGGCCUUGUGGAUCUCCCCCCACCCCCAGGUUCUAGAAUGGAUAUGCACAUCUGGUUACA